AAUGAAUAAUGCAGUCGUUUAAGUCGUUGGGGUGAGUAUAUGUAGACUUAUUUGUAUAAUCUGACUUUCAAACAAUUCAUAAUAUUACACAAUGGUUCAUACGUCACUUGGUCCAAAUUCUAGAAGCAUUUAUGCAUUGUAAAGGGGGUCAUCACAUUUUGUGUUCUAAAUUUUCCAUUCAUAAUAAUUUGUUAUUCACCUUGGUUUCAUCAUACUACUAAAAAAUGUUGAGACGUGACGAUAUAAUUGAUUAAAUGAAUGACGCUACUGCUAUGAUAAUGACAAUAUACAAUGUAUUUUACCGACAACUUUAAAAACGAAUAAGUAAUAGAUCAAAAGAAUGACAAUAUACAUAAUACCAUCUUUUUAAUAAGAUUCUCAUCACCAUCUAUCAUCAAGUAAAAGUUGGUUCAGUGAGUUGCUCAUAUUAAUAAAAGACCUAAAUCUCUUUCUUUCUUUUUUUGUGUGUGGAAAAAGACCUAUACCAACUAUAUUAAUUCUGUAUUAUUUUGAUAUCUCCAGUUAACGAUAAUGCACGAUUUUUAUUGAAAUCUAAAUGAAAAAAUCUCACAACAAUAUAGAAUCACAGCCAUGAAGACAUACAUAAAUCGUUAUAUAUAUAAAAUAGCUAUAUAAAAUAUUUACCAAAUUUUUUUAGGAUUUGAAUUGUUGUAUUAACUUAAAGAUAGUCGUAUAUCUUAUUUAAAAUCAAAAGUUUUAUAUACAAAACAAUAAUAUCAAGAAAUAAGUUCAAAUAAACCAAAUCCUUUAUUUUUAUAAUCAAAGAAUUUUUUGUUUUAAUAAAGUGGGUGUAUUAUUUAUAUAUUCUUUUUAAAAAGUCCUCAAAAUUAACGAGUCAAGUGUACCUGGCAAGUACUCCCCUUCCCGUACCUACUUUACUUUUAAGCCAAAUUCCCAAAACUACCCUCGCCUCUAUAUAAAACCUGAAACCUUCCCUCACUUUCAACAAAAUCUUCUCAUUCAUUCAUUCAUUCAUUCUCAAUAAAGUCUCAUCACUCUACAAAAGACUUCCUCUCUCUCUCUCUCUCUCUCCCUAUAUCUCAAACCAAAGCUCAAAGAUGAAGUAUCUGAUCCGCCGUCUCUCCCGCGUCGCCGACUCCGCUCAUUACAACCUCCUCCGGUCCGAUUCACAACGACAGAGCCGCCGUCCCGAAUCUUUCCUCCGGUCUUCGAUGGCUCGCCGCUCAAAGAAGCAUACAUCAUGUGUUCCCCAAGGUUACGUACCGGUCUACGUAGGAGAGGAGAUGGAGAGGUUCGUCGUGAGCGCUGAGCUACUUAACCACCCGGUUUUCAUCGGUUUGUUAAACCGGUCUGCUCAGGAGUAUGGUUACGAGCAAAAAGGAGUUCUACAAAUCCCAUGCCACGUUCUUGUCUUCGAGCGCGUCAUGGAGUCGCUUCGUCUUGGAUUAACCGUGCCAAGUGACCUUCAAGAUCUAAUCGGCGACGAGACGAUUUUUUAGAGGAAUCUUUGGAAGUUAGCGAGUAAUUGAUCUGCUUGUUUUUUUUGUUCAGAUACGAAGUAUUACAAAGUAAUAGUUCGUCUUUGUUGAUAAUGUACAGAGCUAUAUAUGUAUUUCUUUCUCUUUUUGAAGAUUUGUUUGUUGCAAAUUUUCUUAAUUUUUCGCCGGUUUAAUAACUGGUUUGACAUUCUUGUGAAGAUAUAUAUGGAAAUUGGUUCGGUUUGGAUACGAA